CUUCUGUAAAUUGAUGGGCUAUCUGUUCUCCAGUUCUUCCAAGAUUUCGCUUGGAAGGUUUGUGGAACCUUCACUUGAUCUGUCAAGGCGCUCAGGCUUCCCGACAGCGCCAAACACUUGGAAGAAGAACCUAAUUACAUGGCCUUGGCCUUGGGCAAGGAAGAGGCUGAAAGAAUCUUUCGAGCCAGAUACGAACAAUCCAUCCUUAGAAAUAUAGUUGGACGACAACAACAAUCAUUCA